AUGGACAGUUUACUGAGUAUCGCCGCCCUCUCUGCCGUGGAGGGCUAUCUUCUCCAACACACGGUCUUUUCCGAUCACGCCUUUCGCACCGUUGCAUUCGCUGCCUUUGGUUUCAAUCUCGCCCUGAAAGUAAUCUGGGAUGUUUUGAUCUAUCCUUUCUUUGUGACCCCCUUGCGUCAUCUUCCUCAAGUCAAUGGCUUGAACGUCCAUCUCAAAACCCUCUUCGACAAUCCUCGGGGUCGGCUGCCUUUGGAAUGGAUGAAAACCGUCCCCAAUGAGGGACUCAUCCAUUUCCGUGAUUUCAUCAACCGCAGCUACCUCCUCGCCACCAACCACCAGGCUCUCCUCGAUAUUAUGAGCACCCGUACCUAUGACUUUGAGAAGCCUGGACGAGUGCGCAACUUCCUGGCCCGUAUUAUUGGGUUCGGAUUGAUUCUUAGUGAAGGUAGCAUGCAUAAGAAGCAGCGUAAGGCUUUAAACCCGGCGUUCAACAUUAAGAAUAUCCGUUCCUUGUAUUGUCUCAUGUGGGAGAAGACUGGCCUGCUGUUGGAGGAGCUGGAGAAGGAAAUGAAGCAAAAUCCGAUGGAAGGAACAAGCCCAGAAAGUGGUGCUGGCAAGGUCGAGAUGAGCGUGUGGGCGAGUCGCCUGACUCUCGAUAUCAUCGGCCCUGCUGCCAUGGGCCGUGACUUUCAGUCACUGCAAAACCUCAACAACAAGGUCGCCGACAGUUUCCUCGCCAUCCUCGAGCCCACUAAGGAGAAGCUGGUCUUUUUGGCCAUCAACUUUAUUCUGCCCCAAUGGAUCGCACAGAGGAUUCCCUGGCGGUUGAACCAGGUUGUCGCUGAGGAGACCGGGUUCCUGCGUGCUCUAUGCAAUGAUAUUGUGCAAGAGAAAAAGGCGUCUAUCGCAGCUACUAAGGCGACUGCGAAGGAGCUUGAAGCUGACAUUCUCGGAACGAUGAUGGUCGGAGGUGACUUUUCCGACAGUGAACUUGUGGACCAAAUGUUGACCUUUCUGGCGGCGGGGCACGAGACCACUGCCAGUGCCCUCACCUGGACCUGUUACCUCCUCUGCCAAAACCCGGAAGCUCAACGUCAUUUGCGUGCUGAGAUUCGCGAGCGUAUCCCCACUGGAGACCACCCCAUCACCUGGAAUGACCUCGAAUCCAUGCCCUAUCUCAACGGUGUAUGUCAGGAAGUCCUCCGGCUGUAUCCCACUGUCCCUUCAACUAUCCGUGAAUCCAUCCGCGAUACCACUGUAGCAGGAAAACAUGUCCCUAAAGGCACUAAAAUUAUCCUCUGCCCAUACGCCAUCAACCGCAGCCCAGAAUUCUGGGGCGAGACGGGCGAGGAUUUCAUCCCCGAGCGAUGGAUCGACACCGACAAGACCGGUCAACCCUCUGUCAAUCACAACGGAGGCGCAUCGACCAACUUUGCGCAGAUCACCUUUUUGCACGGACAGCGAUCGUGUAUUGGGAAGGACUUUGCGAGGGCCGAGCUGCGAUGUGCGGUGGCUGGGGUUGUGGGACGGUUUCAGUUUGAGAUGCAGGAUCCCAAGCAGGUGAUUAAUAUUGGUGGCGCUGUCACGACGAAGCCCGUGGAGGGAAUGCAUUUGAAGAUGGCAAGAGUGGACGAGUGGUAG